GUUUGUGUCUGUCUAUGUGUUUAUGUUUGUUUGUGUGUCUAUAUGUGUGUGUGUGUAUCUGUCUGCAUGUGACAUAUAGACACACAUAUGAACUUUAUUGUUCAUAUAUGUGUAUGUAUGAAUGUAGAAAUAUUCAUGUGUGUAAGAAUGAAGCACAAACACACUACAGCAUGAAUAAGGAGCAUAUAUGUUCAUCAUUAUGUCAUGUUGUGUUACACAGCAGAUAUUUCUAAAUAUUCAAUGUCAAAAAAAGAAGAAGAAAUGGUGUGUGUGUGCAGAAAAUCACAUGGUCUGCUAUAUUUCAGACGAAGUGAUGCAAUCACAACUGAACAAAAGUCUUUUUUUUAAACCUGUGAGACGGAAAACCUGCACUAAAAAUACCUUCAUUUUUGAAUGGCUGAAUUGUGUUUUUUAUUAUUAAUUGUUUCACUUAAUGAUCAGAAUCCGGAUCACAUACAACAAUUAGAAGCAAUUUCGAAUAAAUAUAUUUGUUAAGGACAACAUACUGGGGAUGGAUUGCAUUUUUUUUUUUUUAUCAGUGAUCAGUGUUUAAAAGUAUUAGGUGAACAUGUCUCACAAAAGUGAAAAUGAAACUCUGAUAUAUUUUAGAGUAUUAAUGUGCAUCUUGUAUAUCAGUAAAUAUUUACUGUCCUCUGGAAAUAUCUCAACAUACAGCCUAAAAGUGAGUUUCCACACUUUUCAGAGACACUAUAGAUGGAUAGAUAGAUACAAAUAAAAGAUCUGAUGCAUUGAAAAUAAAUAAUUGUUCUAAAAGUAAUGUGUGGGAAUGUAGAUGGCACACAGUGCAUGUACUGCAGAGCAUUUCCUGUGGUAAUAUCUGUGACCUUCAUGGCUUUCUGUAUCUGAGUCAGAGUUUGAGGAUGCAGAGCCGUAAUUGGUAUCAUGAGGCCACAGUAAUCAGGGACACAUGACACCGCUGUGCUGUGAGACAGAGAGCGAGAGAGAGAAUGUGGGCAUAUGAGAGGAAGAACCUAAAGCCAAAAGAUAAGAAAAAAUUUGACACCUAAAGUCACAGGACAGGAUGUGUGACCAUAAAGAAAAUGUCAGAUAUUUAUGAGACAUGGGACGGAGAGAUCAGGAAUGAGAAGUCAUGCAGCCCGUCAUGCCCUCGUGGCCCGAACUCCAGCGCUUUGGUACCAAGUGGAGAAUCUCCGGCUCGCUCAUGGAGCUCAGCAUUGGGCCACCCUGCUCCCACCCCUGCUCCUGCUUCAGCGCCAGCUGUGGAAAACGUCGACCCAGGAUGUUUGGCAGCGUGAAUAAAACCAAGUUGUUGGGAGUGAUGAUGAUGGUCAACUUCCUGAUUUACAUUCUGGUAGAGGUGACGCGCAGUUACGGAAGAUCGGACCCCACGAAGCCACACGUGCCCUUGAAGGAAUUUUGGAAAAAGCCCGAACUCAGCGUGGCCUAUUGGAACCGCAAGCAGCAGCAUCUCGACUAUGUUCGUAACCCCCUGAUCGUUUCCAGCACCGUUCACGCGAGCAGUGUGCCCGUCGAUGAGGUGACGUCGCAGACCUCCAAUCAGCCGAACCACUCCACCAAGGCAGAGCACUGCAAAACAGACUUUGCGAUAACCACCCAGAUUGAAGAUUACAAUUCCCUUCCUCAGCGCUUCAAAGAUUUCCUGUUGUUUAUGCAGUGUAGGUCGUACCCGAUACUUAUAGAUGCUCCAGGUGUGUGUUCAGAAACGCCUUUCCUGCUGCUUGCCGUGAAGUCUCUGACGCUUCAUUUCGACCGCCGUCAGGCAAUCCGGGAGUCCUGGGGACACGCCGGAAUCCUGACCAACCGUCGCGUGGUCACCGUCUUCCUCCUGGGCAAGACAACAGAAAGCGAUUACUUCCCGAAUGUUUCAGAGAUGCUCCAUUUUGAGGCGUCACUGCACGGCGACCUGCUUCAGUGGGACUACCGAGACACCUUCUUUAACCUCACGCUGAAAGAUGUGCUGUUCCAUGACUGGAUCGCUGAUAACUGCCCCUCGGCACGUUUCAUCUUUAAGGGGGAUGAUGAUGUCUUCGUGAAUACCCGGAGCAUCCUGAAUUUCCUUGGUGGCCUUUCGGCAACCAAGGAGCGAGAUUUAUUUGUCGGAGACGUAAUCAGUAAUGCCGGGCCACACCGGGACAAGAGGCUGAAGUACUACAUCCCUGAGAGUGUCUUUGUUGGAUCGUAUCCACCAUAUGCUGGAGGAGGAGGUUACCUGUACUCUGCUGAUGUGGGGCUCCGGUUGAGAAACAUCUCUCAGUAUGUCUCACUGUUCCCCAUCGAUGAUGUUUACAUCGGCAUGUGCCUGCAGAAACUGGGCCUUGUCCCUGAGAAGCACCAAGGCUUUAGGACUUUUAACAUAGAGAAAAAGUACAGAGAGAACCCCUGCACCUACCAAGGUUUAAUGCUGGUCCAUCCUAGAAGUCCGCAGGAGAUGAUUCAAAUCUGGAGUUGGAUUAGUGACCCUGGGCUGAACUGCCAGUGACAUACAUUUGGGUUUGGAAAUGUCUAAUUCUGGAUCCUCUGAUACUGAUUAGAUCCUGAUCUUUGGAAUUUCUGUUCUUGCACUAUUCUGACUAAAUUCAUAAAGGUUCUGAAUUUAUGGUGGUUCUGAAAGUCUCCAGUCUCUGACCCACAACUGAACAUCAGAUGAGUCCAGAACACGAUUCCUACAGUCUUGUCAUCCAUGAGGUAUUCUAUUUGAGUAAAAGUGGGAGAUAAGACCAUAGUGCACUUCUAGCAGCUAUCAAGUCAGCCUUGCAAAGUAAAUCUCAUCUCUCAACAGUUCCAACAAACUACUUUUUUUUUUUUUAUACCUUUUUCUAAAUCAUAUUUAAAGAAAUAUCACUAACAAACUAAAACCAUGGCACUUUUACAAAUGUAUUUCCUGGCUUUUCAGUGUUAAUGAUAUUUUAUACACCUUAAAAUACCAUCAAACUAUUUUUUUUUUUAAGAAUAAUUGUUAAUGAACUACUUCUUUGCAGUUGUACUUGUAGUAUCGUAGACCUGUCUUGAAAUAUUGUGGAAAUUCCGACCUUCCCAUACUUCUCUACAAUAUAUUUCAGUUCUAGUGAUGGCUUCAAUGGAUAUUCCAUGCAAAUUCAGGACCUUCUCACAUGCUUGCCUUUUUUGUGUAUUAUAUUUUCCUUAGGGAUCUUAGCUUGUACUCAUAAUUCUUAUACAUCUGCUAGUCACCUGGCAACAUAUAUGACCUUGUAUCUGCCUUGCAAAAGGGCUAUACUGUAUUUUUUAUAUCUUUUAAAUCAAACUAUAUAUAUAGUGUGGAGCUCAAGCUAUAGAAAUUUACCUUAUUUAUGAUUUAAUGAUAAAAAAAACAGCCAGUGACAAUGCUACAACCAAAGACUGUCACUGACAGUAAGUAAAUGAAUUUGAACACAACUAUUUAGCUAACUGCCCUUCAAAAUCAUUUAUUCUCAACCACAAUGUUGUAGCUAACACAGCUAAAUAGCUAACUAGCCAACUGGCCUUGUAAUUAGCGAAUAUACUACAAUAUUAGACUAGGAAUUCUUAGCGAUUGAGUUUACUGGGCACAAAGAAUUGUGAAUCCAAGAUGGCCGCCUCCAUUACAUUCCAGUGCUCAGCCACACUAUGAAGUUUUAUUUAUGUUUAAAGACAACAGAAAGGAAAAUAAUUUUAUAGAUUUGAUGAUAGAUUUUGUGUUUGGUCUGCCUGGGUUAUGUGUGUUACUGUAGCUUCGUACCUCCAGUGCAAAUAACUCAACAUUAAAGACAUUAGUUUGAAAUGGGGGAUUGUAUUUAAAUUCUAUUUUUACUACAAUUUUAUUUAUAAAGAUAGAUGUUUGGUUCAAAUUAGGGAUCAGUGCAUUUGUCACUGAAUGCGUAAGGGCUGUAUGAUAUGACAAAAUUUCUUGCUAACGUUCGGCAAACGGUGUGUUAUAAUCACAAACUUUGUUGACUUGAAUGGGACUUUGGACCCAGAGAUUACCUCAUUAGUGAUUUGUGUGUGGAAACUCUGAUGAUAUUUCUGUGGACAGUUUUAGGUGUUGGGAUUUUAAUGUACGUGACCUUGACUGCAAAAAUCUCUUGUCAGGGUGUUAAAGAACUAAAGUUGCCGUUUUGCUUGACAUAUAGUAUAUAAACAAAAGUUUGUGGAGACCUGAGCGUAGCACAUUUAGCUGUUAAAAUAAGCUGAAAAAUUCAUCCCAAAAGUGUUCAAUAGGGUUUGGAGCUCUAUAAGAGGAGAUCUUCCUCUCCAACCCAUUUGUUCAUGGAGCUGGCUUUGUGAACAGAAGCAUUGUCAUGCUGAAACGGGUUUGGGUCUCCUAGUCAAGUCAAGUGACGGGAAUGCUAAUGCUACAACAGCUAAAGACGUUCUAUAAAAUUUUUGGGGUGUCCCAAUACUUUUAGUUUUAUAAUGUAACUAAGACUGGACUCAAACUAGCCCUGGAUUUAGGCCGAUCAAAUCCAUCGCAUAAGGAACCAAAGCCAUAAUUUCCCUACAUACUAUAUUCAUGUAGCACGGGAAGUGUGGAACAAACUGUUCAACUAUAAUUUAUAUACUGUGUGUGUAUGAAAAAGAUGAAGUAUAUAUUUUUUAAUAUUGUAUUUAUGUAUUUUUAGGAAAGCUAUUCUGAUGUGUGUGUGAGAAUCUGUUGCUUUUUAACAAACUGCAUUGACAUCUAAUGACAUUUGCCGUUAUGAAGGGGUGAAUUACACUUAUCUUAUUUAUAUAACUGUACUGGGGCCCUGCAGUGCAGCUCGGCAGUGCUUGAAUUCAAACUCACCACCUGAUGAUGGGAAAUCGCACAUCUUAAACACUGAGCUGAGAUUUCCCCACUGCAUAAUCCAGAUCAUCAUAAUCUCUACUGUAUAUUCCAGUAUCAUCUGCACUACUGUAGGAAAUAAGAGUAUUUCAUGAGUAUUUUCAGUCAACCUGCACAUAAACAAAAAAUCAUCAUAAAAUGAUAACAUUAUUUUACAUUAUAUUCAGGAAUUCUACUGUUUUUUAAUUGCUUAUUGUGUUGACGGCUUUUAUUUCGCUCCUUUCAGACAUGAAUGUUUCAAACUUUAUGAUCAGUUCUGAAGAGAAAAAUCUCUGAAAUUGGUUUUUAUGUUCGUUUAUUGCCGUUUUUUACAUUUAUAAUAAAAAAUAAGUGAGACAAUUGGGCUUUUUUAUGAUAUUUACAAUUGUAAUAUGCCAUUGUUAUUUUAUUUGUAAAGAAACACCUAGUUUUUUUAUGGUUUUUGAGACAUUAUUUAUAUGCAACAACCAGGGUAAAAGCCAGAAACAUCGAAACUGGAGUGUUAUCACCAGUAGCAGGGAAAGUUGAAGAGUAGAGGGUGAAGGGAACCAACAUGGCUUCCAUUCCAUACUUUCAACAUCAUACAAUUCCAUCUGGACUGCGUAGCAUACAUCCGAACUCUUUAGAGUAUUUAGAGAGCAAACAGUCGUCUGGAGUGACGUCUAUCAUGGAAUGUUCUGCCCAGUAACUGCACUUAAAUCCUACUGAACUGCUCUGGGAUGAAGUGGAUCAAAAAGAAAGCACCAUCCAGUGAAGAACAAGUUUGGCAAAGUUUUAUUAAAACACACCAAAGUAUUUCAGCUUAAUGUUUGGAGAAACGAACUGAGAGUGUGCAAAGCUGUUCUUCAUGCUAAGAGAGGAUUUUACAAUGAAAAUAAAGGUGGAACAUCUGGAGAUUUAUAGAUUUGUUUGGUCAAAGGAAAUCAACUGUUACAUUACUGGGUUUGUUGUAUAGAAACUAAAGGAACAUUCAUGUGUCUCUUGGAAACCAUAAAACAUGAGGGGUUUCCACACUUUUGACAGUAACUGUAUGGAUGUUGUCUUUUCAUGUCCACUGAAACUGUUUUUCAGCAGUAAAUUGCACAUCAUUGCAAAACUAAA